CUGCUUGAUGAUGAAAGAAUCCCCGGCUUCCGACCAGCAGACGAUGUCAUCCGACACGGACUCCACCAUGCGGAAAGUGCGGUCGAGAAACACAGGGAUGUUAUUGUUGAAGGGCUCCUCCACCUGGGUCGGCGCUGGAGUUUCAGCUUCGGCGGCUGGCUGUUCCGAAGAAGACAGGGGAGAAGACGCUGGUGCGGCGUCCUCCUGCACCUCUUGGUCGUUGGUGUCGGCGUUCGCGUCUUGCGCGGCUCGCUCCAUGAUCCUUGCAGGGCGCUAGGCUGAAAGGCGUGCGUGGCUCCAAAGGUUUGUCUGCUCCAUGUAGUUUGCUGUCGUUGUUGUUGCCUACACCGGGGACGCCGGGCCAUGAUGUGUCCAACACAUCAAAGUUUGAUGUGUUGGACACGAUCGGAUCUGUCACACUGAGAGUGCGGCCUGCGCUGCGGUGAUCUGCAAUUUUGAAGUCUGCCGUCUUCCUGUCAUAAACAGCCCGCGAAGGACUUCGUUCCACCGCGCUUGCCCGCCGAUCUCACUCACCUUCGAACGGCAUCGCAAACCCUCGCGUCCUUUCCCCCCCACUCUCUCAUGCGCUCGUAGGUGCGUUCUAUAUCUUGCUGCAGCCCGGAGAGCCCGAGCAGCCCACCCCAAGUAGAACUUGAGUCCUAUUGAUGAAAUAAAAAAAUAAAUGAGCGAAAAGGCCGGGCUGGUCCCGACGUCCUGACUAUUUUUAGAAAGUGAGCCUGUCACCCGAGAUUUGUCCCUAUAUGCUGUCUAGGAAAUCGUAGACAUAGAGGUAGUUUUCUCUGACCCUAUGAUUCCAUUUUUAAUCUGUCUCUGACUCUUUUCUGUGAUCGAGAUGGCACAUCAGCCGCACAUACUCCCCACAUAUGCAUACCAAACUGAGAAUAUGUUUGUAAACUGAUGGAGAGUGCAUGUCCUACAACUAAUAAUAGGGUGCGACACACAAAACGCCCGACUACCCAACAGUACCCAACACCUUUCGUCUGCACCUUCCCAACAUAACAUAUAUGAGACACACAAGACAGCUACCAAACUGAUUUGUUGAGCCUGUUACCCACAGGGGAGAUGUCCCUAUAUGCU